AGAAGAAGUCGAGAGUUUCCGCGUGUAAACGAUAGUGCUAAAGCUAAACAAAUCGCGGUUAGUUAAAAGAAAAGGAAAAAAAACGUGCGGAGUAAUUCUUCUUAACUUUUUUUUUUUUUUUUCAAAUUAGUUUUUUGUCCUCCGUGAAGCACACGCCGAGAGGACUACUUAUCCGAAGAAGCUUUAUUCUCAGACAGGAAUCAUGACCGAACCAGAAGUCAACCCAAAGGCGUAUCCUCUGGCUGACGCCACUUUAACUAAAACCAUCCUGGAUUUGGUGCAACAAGCCGCCAACUACAAACAGCUGAGAAAAGGAGCUAAUGAGGCUACCAAAACUCUUAAUCGUGGGAUCUCUGAGUUCAUAGUGAUGGCUGCUGAUGCAGAGCCACUGGAGAUUAUUCUUCAUUUGCCACUGCUGUGCGAGGAUAAGAACGUCCCAUACGUGUUUGUGCGCUCCAAGCAGGCUUUGGGCCGAGCGUGUGGAGUGUCCCGGCCUGUAAUCGCUACUUCAGUCACUAUAAAGGAGGGUUCACAGCUGAAGCCUCAGAUCCAGUCGGUCCAGAUGGCCAUUGAGAGACUGUUGGUCUGAUUCAUUCAGCUUGUUUUUUUGUUCAUCUUUAAAAACACAUGCCGGUGUUUUUCAUUUAAAUACUUUUGAUGCCGAUUUAGGCAAUACAGUUUACUUUAAAAUUAUGUAUACAUUGCAAAUUUUCAUAAAUUUGGUUUUGUUGCCUUUUUUUUUUUACUUUUGUAAAAUGUGUGACUACGCAUUAAGUUUUUGGGCGAAAACGAUUUCACACAAUUGUAAUAAAUGACAUAACAUUCA